AUGGAGAAUCCAAAAUCACCGUCUCCAUCUUCAUCACCUACACCACAGAAACAGCCGUUUGUUUUAAACUCAACUAAUGCCCCGUCACAACCGCCAACAAGAUCUAGAAUUAGACAUCAAAAGUUAAAGUACACAUUUAUAGGUUAUGUUAUUGUAUUGAUAUUCCUAGCGAUUACUCAAUUUAUUGGAGUUGGUUUUUUCACACUGGGAUUUUUAUUAUCGAGAAACGUACUACCUAAUAUAUCAACAUGUGAUAAUAAUGCUUGUAUGGAACCUCCUCCAAAAUUUGACAAAGCAAUUGUUUUAGUCAUAGAUGCAUUAAGAUUUGAUUUUGUAAUACCCGUGGAGAAUUCUACAAAAAAUUAUCAUAAUAAUUUUCCAAUAAUAUAUGAUUUAGCUCAGAAGGAUAAUGGGUUUUUAUUAAAAUUUAUAGCUGAUCCACCAACCACUACCUUACAAAGAUUAAAGGGUUUGACCACGGGUUCAUUGCCAACAAUUAUAGAUGCAGGAUCUAAUUUUAAUGGAGAUGCAAUAGAUGAAGAUAAUUGGUUAUUACAAUUACACAAAUUAAAUAAAACAAUAGCAUUUAUGGGUGACGAUACUUGGACUGCUUUAUUCAGUGAGUAUAUUCACCCAGAUUUUCAUUUCCCUUAUGAUUCAUUAAACGUUUGGGAUUUACAUACCGUUGAUAACGGAGUUAUAGAACAUUUAUUCCCAUUAUUGGAAAAUCAAACUCUGUGGGAUAUUUUAAUUGGACAUUUUUUAGGAGUUGAUCAUGUAGGUCACAGAUACGGUCCAGAUCAUUAUUCAAUGAAAGAAAAAUUAAACCAAAUGAAUGAAGUUAUAGAGAAAGUAGUUUCAAAUUUACAAGAUGAUACUUUGUUAAUUAUAAUGGGAGAUCAUGGAAUGGAUUAUACUGGAAAUCAUGGAGGUGACGCACCUGACGAAUUAGAAAGUACAUUAUGUAUGUAUUCUAAAAAUAAAAAAUUCUAUAAAAAACUGGCUGAUAAUUACGAUAUUUCUGACAAAGGUUUAAAUUAUAGGGAAGUUAAUCAAAUUGACUUAGUUCCUACUAUUUCAUUAUUGUUAGGAUUGCCUAUACCUUUCAACAAUUUAGGAUUUCCAAUUGAUGAAGCACUUGGUAAUGUUAAGGAUAUUUUGUCAGCUAGUACUAAAGCAAUAGAACAAAUUAAAAGAUUUAGAGAUCUUACACCUAAUUUAGCGGACACAUUAAUAGAUCAAUAUAAUGCAUUAUUUGAAAAAUCACUGUUAUCGAAUUGGGAUUUAAUUCAAGAAAUGAAGAAUUAUCAAUUUGAGUCAUUGGAACAAUGUAAAUCUUUAUGGGCUAGAUUUGAUUUAAGAUUUAUUGGGAUCGGGAUUGGUAUAUUGUUUUUAUCAUUGACAUUUAUGGUCACUUAUGCAAGAUCUAUUCCAGCUGUAAGAGUUUCAACAAUGUCAUUUGAGUUUAUUGGUUCAGUGGUUGCAAUGUCAAUAAUGGGAGUUGUAUUAAGUUUUUCAAUUUAUAUUGUUUUGAAACCAGGUGAUUUUACUUUAAAUAUUUGUUUAUUCAUAGGUGCAGCUUUAGGUAUGGUUAUUGGAUUUUGGGCACCUAUAAUGGAUAGAUUUAGUGUCGGAUUUUUGUGGAAUCAAACCAUUGAUUUUUUCAUGUUUAAUUUUAAUAGUUGGUCAUUUAUGGGAAUUAUAUUUGUUGCAUUCCACUGUUUAAUGUUUGCGUCUAACUCAUACGUUGUCUGGGAAGAUAAGAUGAUUUCAUUCUUUCUUGUCUCCUUUGGUGUAUGUUGCGUAUACGCUAUAUCAAUUAAAACAAAUAUUUCAAAAGAAGAGAAAAUAUUAGGUGUAAGUCAUGCUGUCACAUUUCUCAUUUUGACAAGAUUAUCUUCAAUGAUAAAUGCUUGUAGAGAAGAACAAAGACCAUAUUGUACCACCACAUUCACAACUUCUUGGUGGUCAAUAAUAAUUUUACAUUCAAUUGCAUAUUUAUUACCAGCAUCAAUCAAAUCAUUUUAUGUAUUAUCAGAUUCUUAUUAUUCAGCUGCUCCUUUAUGGAUUGGUACAGGUUUGAAAUUUUUACUAUUUAUGAAUGCAAUAUAUUGGACUUUUGAAUAUAUUUCGACAAAUGAAUAUUUUAAAACUGCUCAUAUGAUCAUUGGUCCUCCAUUAAUUAAAUCUUUAAAAUUAGCUAUUGCAAGAUUAGUAUUAUUUAUUACAUUAGUGUUAGCAAAUUUCAGCUGGUCAAGAGGUCCACUAUGUGUUAAAUUGGAAAUUGAAAGACAAGAUAUUGAUUUAUCUGAUUCUAGUGAUGAAAUAGGAAGUCAAGAAUCCGCCACUAUUUUGGGCUAUGGAAAUGUUUAUGGAUCAUCAUACUUUUUAUUAGUACUUAACUUCACUAUUGCUAUAAUGUUGACUACAAAACCAUUAGGUGCAAUAUCAAUAAGUUUUUUAAUCAUUCAGAUUUUGUCAUUACUAGAGAUCAUUGAUUUAUUGAAAAUACGAAAGAAUCUCAUAUCUCCAAUCAUAUUUGGAUUAUUGGGUUUUCAACAUUUCUUUAGCACAGGUCAUCAAGCAACAUUACCUUCAAUUCAAUGGGAAUUAGGUUUCAUGACAACAGAAACUAUUUUGUUCCCUUUCACUCAUUUAAAUAUAGUUUUAAAUACGUUUGGACCAUUUUUUAUCAUUGCAUUAUCAGUUCCAUUAAUAACAAUAUGGAAAGUAUUACCUUCAUCAAAACCAAUCACUGUAUUAUCACAAAUCAUUACAAAUAUAACAACAUUGAUUACCUAUUUUUUGUUCACUGGAUUAAGUUCAUUAAUAUUUGCAGCACAUUUUAGAAGACAUUUAAUGGUUUGGAAAAUUUUUGCUCCAAGAUUUAUGUUAAGUGGUAUGUUAAUAAUAUUAAUAAAUUUAUGUAGCAUAAUUGUAACAUUAUGGGGUUCGGGCAAGAUUUUGAAACAAGUUAAUAGAAUAUUUGGUAAAUAG